AUGGGAGAUGCCUGGACUUAUCUUGUAGGAAGUGAGGAGGCGCUGAGUCCGGUGUGGAAGGCGUACUACAUCGACCCUUAUGUUCAUGGGCCAAGUAGCUCCGACAACGUGAAGGAGGCCGGGACCGCACCCAAGUCUCAGGGUGGCGGAGUCAGCGCGCUUGUUGAGCAGAGCGGGCGCGUCAUACACUCAGCGCCCAUAUACGUCAUUGAUGCGAAAGGCGUCAUGCGCUCCGCAUUCACGUUACCUUUGGAGCCGCAGGACGUGGUGCACGAUGUCAGGCUGGUUGGCGGCUAG